AUGCUGCGGCUUAGGCAAUUCUUGAAGCGUGGAUGGUCCGAGUCUGUCUCUCAAUACAACUUGAUAUAUUAUUGCAUUCCUAAACGUUCAAGAUGGAUGCAAAAACUCAUUGAUAUUUUCCAUCUUACCAAUGUUUUAGAUUGGCUCAAGUAUGUGAAAACAGUGGCAUUCACCACAAAGUUAAGAGACUUCAUCUUCAAGGAGCUGCUAAGUAAAGCUAGCACAGGGGAGGAUGUAGCAAUAGCAAUUGGCAAGGAGAUCUAUUCAGGCAGAGGGGAAGGGCUUCUUCGUGAUAAAGGUCACCACAAUUUACUUCCUUCUGUUGAAGUCGAAUAUGAUAGAAGCCUUCUAUUGUGGCACAUUGCAACUGAACUCUGUUACAAUGACCGUAAAAGCGAAGCUGCUGCUGUUACAGGCGACGUUGGCAAGUAUCGUGAUUUUUCGAAGCUCCUGUCAGAUUACAUGUUAUAUCUUCUAGUUAUGGAGCUACCAAUGAUGUCUGCAGUGGCUGGUGAUGCGUAUUUAAGAUUCACGGACACCUGUGCCCAGGCCAAGGGAAUGCUAUUCUUUCACGGACGAAAAAAGACUGGAGCCUGUUUAAAUAUCUUUGCUGUUAAUAAUUUUUUCGGCAGAGGGAAAUCUGAAGAAUACCAACAGAGAAGAGCCUGCAAAACCAUCCUGUCUCUUGAUACCACAAGUUAUUUCCCCACAGCUAACAGGAAAUCCAUUAACAGGAAAUCUAUGUUGUUUGAUGCAUGCGAAUUGGCGAAAGAGCUGCGAAAUUUGACUGAGGAAGAUAAAUGGGAAACAAUAAGCAGAGUUUGGGUAGAAUUACUGUGUUAUGCUGCAAGUCGUUGCGGAGCAUAUACUCAUACCCAACAACUGAAUAAAGGUGGAGAGCUCAUUACUUUGGUUUGGUUAUUGUUGUUGUAUCUUGGCUUGUGUGGUGAAUUUCAAGAACCGGUAUCCUCAGAGCUUCUCACUUUCAACCCUGGAGAGGAACAAGUGAACGCCACAAUCCAAGAACAUGUCUCACCAUGGCCGAAGCUGAAUCAGUAG